AUGUGCGCAAACAGGCUGCGAUUCUGGUGUCCUUGCUUUCUUCGAAGAGGUACUUUAUUCGUGCGUCAGGUACUUCAGGAUGGCUACAAGCUAAGCCCGCUCGAUGCCUACACUUGCCCCAAGGAGGGAUCUUUGGACGAGGUUCGAGAGCAUGUCCGCAGCCUGCCUUUCGACGAGGAUCCGCAGGUCUUUGGACUGCAUCCAAAUGCGCAGAUCACGGCGCAGACAGAGGAAGCGCGGAAGUUCCUUGGCAUCAUCCUCUCUGUUCAGCCCCGCAUCGCGGCUGCGGGUGGCGGAAAGCGCCCUGAGGAGCUCGUGGCGGAGAUGGCCGAGGCAUUUCUUGGGCGAGUGCCAUCAACCAUGCUCCGGAAGCAUGCACACCCGGAAACGUACAAAAAGACAGCUGAUGGUGGCAUCGUGUCUUUGGGUGUCUUUCACGGGCAGGAGAUGGACCGCUUCAAUGUGCUGAUCAAUCGUGUGCAGAGCACUCUGGUGACUUUGGGCAAGGCCAUCAAAGGCUUCGUGGUCAUGUCUGCGCAGUUGGAGGACAUGUACAAUUGUUUCUUGUCCCAGCAGCUGCCACCACUUUGGGGCGAGGUCUCGUACCCCUGCCUGAAGCCUUUGAAUGCCUGGUUCUCCGACUUCGAGGAACGAAUUGAAUUUAUGGCACGAUGGCUGAAGAUGGGACCUCCCUCAAGCUACUGGGUUCCGUGCUUCUACUUCCCGCAGGGCUUCAUGACCUGCUCCAAGCAGGUACACGCGCGAAAGACGAAGAUUCCGAUCGAUGCUCUGGUCUUCUGGCAGGAGAUGACGACGUGCACGGAGCCCCGCCUGGCCGAUCCACCGGCAGAUGGGGUGAACGUGCAUGGACUCUUCCUGCAGGGAGCCGGCUGGGACGUUCCAUCAAAGAAGAUGGUGGAGUCUGAGAAGGCGGUGCUCUUCAAGGAGCUCCCGGUGAUCUGGGUGCAAGUGGUUGAGGAGGCUACCUUCCAGAAGGUUUCCACAGAACCUGGCAGGUACACCUGUCCCCUCUACAAGACCUCACUUCGCAAGGGAACUCUGGCGACUACAGGUCACUCCACCAACUUCGUUUGCUAUUUCCGGCUGCCAAGUAAUGAGGAGGAUCAGGGCCACUGGGUUCGCCGCGGUGUGGCUCUUCUUUGUGCCUCAACUCCAGUUACGACAUUCGCUGUCGUUGGAUCAGGGGACAAGGGAUGCUCAUGA